AUGGGUGACGUCAGAAGCGGAUAUACAAACGGUUAUGCCAAUGGUGAGAGUAAUCAUCGCGUCAACGGCCAUGUGGCAAGUAACGGACUCGGGCAUCCUGAUGGCGUGGCCUCAACCCCCGAGCCCAUCGCAGUUGUGGGCAUGUCCAUGAGACUUCCCGGGGGGAUUCAUACGGAAGAGGCACUAUGGGACUUACUUGUCAACAAGAAGACAACCAGAGGUCCUAUCCCGCAAUCGAGAUACAACUGCGAGGGCUUCUACACAGAAAGCGGCAAACCCGGAACCAUUGGCGUUCGUCAUGGCCACUUUCUCGAAGAUCGCGACGGCAUCGAUGUACUAGAUACAUCAUUCUUCAACGUCAGCAAAGCCGAGGUUGACAAGUUGGAUCCGCAGCAGCGUAUGCUCCUAGAGGUUGUCUGGGAGUGUGUGGAAAAUGCGGGUCAACGCAGCUGGCGGGGAAGCAACACCGGAGUCUUUGUCGGUGCUUGGGGCUAUGACUGGAUUGACAUUCUUGCGAAAGACCCACAGCAAGUUGGUGGUGUGGUCAACACACUAGGCUCGCAUGACUAUGCCAUUGCGAACCGAGUGUCGUACGAGUACGACUUGCAGGGGCCCAGCAUGACCAUCAAAACUGCGUGUUCAUCUUCGUUGAUAUGCGUACACCAGGCAGUUCAAGCCCUCCGCAAUGAGGAGUGCGACGCGGCCAUUGUGGCCGGAACGAACUUGAUUAUGACGCCAACCACGACAAUUGAACAAACCGAGUCUGGUGUUCUGUCCCCUACAGGAGAGUGCCGCACCUUCGAUGCUACUGCAAAUGGAUAUGCGCGAGGUGAAGCCAUCAACGCUCUCCUGCUGAAGAAGCUCAGCAAGGCGAAGGAUGACAAGGAUGUUAUACGAGCUGUGAUACGCUCUACCGCUGUCAAUUGUGACGGGCGAAGCGCUGGUCUUACGACCCCCAAUCCCAAGGCACAUGUUCGUUUGAUAAAACGAGCUUAUGAAGCCGGUCGACUAAAAGACCCUUCAGAAACGCCAUUUGUGGAAGUCCAUGGGACUGGGACGACGACUGGAGAUCCACUUGAGCUCGAGGCCAUUGCCGAAGUCUUUGGUGACCGACGGGAUACCUAUAUCGGUGGGGUUAAAGCCAACGUUGGCCACAGUGAGAGUGCUUCUGGGAUUACCAGUGUCAUAAAAGCCGUUCUAGCGCUCGAAAAGCGCACCAUUCCACCACAAGCCAAUUUCUCGACACCGAACCCGAAAAUACCAUUUGCAGAAGCUCGAUUAGUCGUACCUUUGGAGCCAACUCCCUGGCCGGAGGGUCGGCCAGAGAGAGUCAGCGUCAACUCUUUCGGUAUCACCGGUGCCAAUGCCCACGCCGUCAUCGAAUCUGCUUCCUCUUACGAUGAUGUCACAGAGGGCCUUGCCAACAACCGAGGACGUGAAUCCAAAACUUCGGAACUCCUCUUGAUAUCAGCAACCAAUGGCCGCUCUUUGAAGGAACGUUGUUCGCAAAUACAGGAUUAUAUUGGACAACACCCCCAGCAGAUAUCAGAUCUUGCCUACACCCUGUCUUGUCGUCGCGACCAUCUCUCUCAUCGAGCCUAUUGUAUCACAAAUGGUCAAGAUUCUGUCGAAUUUGUUACUGCAGAUCGAUCGAAGCAAAUUCCCAAGUUGACGUUUGUCUUCACAGGCCAAGGAGCCCAAUGGCCAUCAAUGGGCAAGGAACUGAUUGAGAGGUUCCCAUCUUUUCGGGAAGACAUUAUUCGACUGGGAAAUGCACUGACCAAGUUGCAAUAUCCACCAUCGUGGAGCUUGUUAGACGAGCUCUUACAAGAGGAUGUCAAGAGCCGGGUCAGCAAAGCUGAAUUCUCGCAACCCUUAUGCACAGCAAUUCAAAUUGCUCUAGUCAAUCUUCUAAGGUCGCUCGACAUUGUACCCUCAGCUGUUGUCGGUCAUUCCAGUGGAGAAAUCGGCGCGGCGUACGCGGCUGGCGGCAUCACUGCUGCAGAAGCGAUAUCAAUUGCCUACUACAGAGGCUUAGUAACCACAAUAUCAACCCGGAGAGGAGCAAUGGGUGCAAUUGGCCUUAACCAGGCUGAAGCAAGGCUAUACCUUGAAAAUGGUGUGGUGAUAGCUUGCGAGAAUAGCCCCCAGAGUGUUACGCUCUCCGGUGACGAGGAGGUCCUUGAUCGUAUCAUCGAGCGUAUUAAGCUUGAUGAUGCCGAGGUUUUUACGCGUCGUCUCAAAACCGACGGGAAGGCAUACCAUUCGCACCAUAUGGCUGAGAUUGGGACCGUGUAUGAGGAAUAUUUAGGGCCUGUUGUUAAGGAACGAUCUCCGGCGAUAAGGUUCUUCUCUACAGUCACCGGGAAACUUGCGGAAGAUACCACCCUUGGCCCGCAGUACUGGAGACGAAACCUCGAGUCUCCCGUCCGAUUCUCCCCUGCGGUUAAAUCCAUUAUCGAGAAUGGGACUUCAGAUCAGCUGUUCUUAGAAGUUGGCCCUCAUUCGGCGCUCGCCGGGCCCUUGAGACAGAUCUUUAAAGCGUCUCCCUCGAAAGCCCGUUUAAUCUACUGUUCAUCGCUGGUCCGUGGCAAGGAUGCCAGGGAAUGCAUCCUGGAUAUGUGUGGCCAAUUAUACCUCCAAGCAGUGCCAUUGACCUUUCAGAUACUCACAACUGGAUCUAAUUUACUCACGGACCUUCCAACUUACCCCUGGAAUCAUGAUACAUCCUACUGGAGUGAGAACAGGGCAGUGAAAGAUUGGAGGCUGCGAAAGUUCCCUCGACAUGAGCUGCUUGGCUCGCGAGUACUAGAGGGUAACGACGUCGAACCGGUAUGGCGUAACAUGUUGCGCCUCAAAGAUACCAUCUGGCUUGCCGGUCACAAGGUAUACGGCGACGUUGUGUUCCCUUUCGCCGGGUAUAUUGCUAUGGCAGGAGAAGGAGUUCGCCAACUCACGGGGAUUGAGGGUUUCAUAAUCCGCAAUCUUAACGUCAAAACAGCAAUGGUUGUGCAAGAUAAUCCCGUCGAGGUCAUGACAAGCCUGAGGCGAUCAAAGAACUCACACGAAUCUGAAAAUGGCUGGUACGAAUUCGCAAUAGUCUCACACAAUGGUAGCACAUGGGCGGAGCACUGCGAUGGAGAUAUCAGGCCUGGAGCCGAACCGCCAACAUAUUCACAGAUACCACCAAGCGAAGCCCUUCCCAGGAAAAUUCAUUCACCCUACGACUUAUUUCAAUCGGUAGGGCUACAUUACAAUGGCUCAUUCCGAGGUCUAGAGGAUGUGUCAGCAAUGCCGGGCCAAAAAAUGGCGGUAGGGACGCUGAAGGCUCAGACCAUUACAGAUUCAGCCUAUGCCCUACAUCCGGCAACAAUGGAUCAAUGCCUCCAGUUGUUAGGCAUGGGGUCGAGCGAAGGCCUGUCAAGACACCUGCAGCGCAUUCCUCUACCGACGUUCGUGGAAAAAAUUUCGAUACAGCCUCACAAGUCACCAGACCGCCUCCGGGCAAAGGCAGUUGCAACCCAUAUAAGUGCCCAGGGAGAUAUCGAGGGCGAGAUGAUUGCUAUGGAAGGAUCAACUCCCGUCCUUGUGGUGGAAGGCUGUCGCCUUUCUGCAUUCGAGGAGAAACUGGUCACUGUCCUAGAUGAUCCAAUAGCGGCAGCCCGUGCCAGCUGGCGACCGCAUAUUGAUUUUGUCCCAUUGGAAACCCUGAUGUUGUCGCACGAAAAGGAUGCGAACGAUGUUAGAAUCAUAGAGGAAUAUGGGCUCCUCUGUUCCGCAGAAAUCCUGGAGAGGAUCAAAGACACCCAAGACUCUCACUGGCAUUUCACAAAGUUUCGCAAGUGGAUGGACGGUGUUGUUACAGGGGGACGCUUAGGUCAAAAUAAGAUUGUGUCCAACAGCAAGGAGCUUCUGGAGCUGAGCUCCCAACACCGUUUAGAGCUGAUUCACCUCUUACAGGAGAAACUGAAGGCGUCACCAUUUGUUCACGUCGCAGAGCUUACGACCCGCCUUCUUGACAAUUGCGUCGGAAUAUUCGACGGCACGACUGAGGUGCUCGAAGUUUACCUUAAAGAUGACACCCUCACGAAGCUAUAUGCUCUCACUGGAGCUAGGAUUGACGCGUCAGAGUUUUUCGUCAGCGCCGGCCAUAGCAACCCAACAUUGAGGGUUCUAGAGAUUGGCGCCGGAACCGGCGGGACCACAUUGAUCGCUUUGAAAGCCCUUACGUCAAUCAACAACGAACCAAUGUACUCAAGCUAUACGUUCACCGAUAUAUCUUCUGGAUUCUUUGCGGCCGCAAGGGACAGAUUCAGUGAAUUUCCAGGUCUUGAGUUCAAAACCCUGGAUAUCAGUAGAGAUCCAGGCGGACAGGGCUUCGAACUUGGGACCUACGAUCUCAUCGUCGCUUCGAACGUUAUCCACGCCACAGAGUUCAUCAACGUCACGCUUAAGAAUGUUCACAAACUGCUAAGUCCCCGCGGAAGAUUUUUCCUUCAGGAGGUUAUCCCUAGCUCCGUGAAGAUGAAGAAUCUCAUCAUGGGUCCUUUACCGGGAUGGUGGCUUGGCGAAGCUGAUGGACGUGUCAACGAGCCAAUCAUCUCUGUUGAGCGAUGGUCCAGCGAACUUCGAGCUGCCGGUUUCUGUGGUAUUGAAUGUACAGUGCUAGAUGAUCCGAAGCACGAGGCGGCUUUCGGCGCCAAUAUGAUCGCGAAGCCUAUUGUUAGCGCGCAAGAGUACAAAUCGGUCACGAUUCUAAUCAGGCCGGACCAGGCCGAGACGGAUAUCGUGAAGCUGAUGCGACAAGUUUUCGAAGGACAAGAGUAUUUCGUGGAUAUCUGCAUUCUCGGAGGUUUGAUACCGCCGUCUCAGGACAUCAUGUCAUUGGUUGAAAUUGAUAAACCAUUCUUUGAGCAGCUUACUGCCGAAGGUCUCUCAGCCUUCCAGCAGGUCGUUGCUGGGCUCACCUCGGCUCGAAUGCUCUGGGUUAUGGGAUCUGCACAGAUUGAGCCAAGCGACGCUCUCUUUGGCAUUACGCUUGGCUUAAUCCGUUGUAUACGAGCAGAAAUGUCAGUUCCCCUUGCAACGCUGGAGAUUGACAAAUUCGACCCUUCAUUGAGCGAGACUAUCCUGAAGGUUUUCGAGAAGUUCUUAGAUACAAGCCAUGCUGCGACGAAUACAGACCACGAAUACGUCAUCGACGACAACUUUGUGAAAGUUGGUCGAUAUCACUGGACUAAUGUGCCAAAGGAGCUUGAGGCAUCGCAGGACACUGAUGAUCUUCCUCUCAAGCUAGAAGUUGAAGUUACACGAGUUUCCAAGCUCUUGAAGUGGGUCCCACAACCCAUUAUCAAAAUUCGGCCUGAGGAGGUCGUUGUUCGCCCUAUUUAUGUCGGAAUGAAUCCUCAGGAUUUCUCUACUCUGGAAGAGGGCAGGGUUCGCGAUUACUAUGGAGAAAUAGUCGAAGUUGGCAGCAACGCAGGGCUGCUCAACGUUGGCGAUCGCGUCAUAGCUUUGGGCUCCCGUGAAGUUCAUACAAGUUUGAAAUUCCUGGCCACCAAUGUUAUCAAAAUCCCUGAUGGCUUAGACCCGGAAAAUGCAGCGUCGAUGACACUGGGCUACGCUACUGCCCUUCAUUGCCUCCGGGACCUAGCACGGGUCCAGAAAGACCAAACGGUCCUGAUCGCAAAUGCGGACUCAGAUGUUGGCUUAGCAGCCAUUCGCGUUUGUUACAUGAUAGGAGCCCAGCCGUAUUGCUCCGUUCACAGCGAGGAACGAGCAAGGUUUCUCGUCAAUGAGGCUGGUAUUUCUGAUGCUAGGAGCGUUACAACUCAUAGCAGCUUAUCUCUUCAUGACCUUGCAAGCAAGAGUGGAAAGGCGGGCUUUGAUGUAGUAGUGAAUGUGCUAUCCGAAAGCCUCAGAGAAUCGUGCAAGUAUGUCGCACCUCGAGGAAAGAUAAUCAGCCUCGGCGGUCCCGUUCUCGAAAACUUGGAUAUGAGUCUGUUCGCUACCAGCAGAACCUUUUUGAGCGUCGACAUGGGAGAAAUGGAUGAUCUCUAUCCUGAACUUCUGAAAGAAAUAGUCUCACUGUAUCAACAGAAAUUGAUCGAACCAAUCAGACCAACUCGAUUAGUCGAGAUAGAAGAGCUUGAGGGUGCUCUUCGCUCUUCCAGCAAGCCGGAUUUAACAGGGAAGUUGUUACUAAAAUUGCCCAUAGAUCGCGGCUCCCUUCCCAUCCAGGCUACACAGCCAGUCCUCAAAUUCCGUAGCGACGUUUCCUACCUGAUAGCUGGCGGCCUUGGUGGCCUGGGGCGUGCCAUCUCAAAUUACAUGGCAGAACACGGCGCUCGACAUUUCAUCUAUCUCUCUCGCUCCGCUGGGAGUACCUCGAAAUACGAAUCCUUCUUCCGCGAGCUUGAAGCACAAGGCUGUACCUUCCAAGCUCUCACUUGCGACAUCACAUCCCUUGACUCCGUCCGCGACGCAAUCCAGCAAGUUAAGUUUCCCAUCGCUGGCGUCCUCCAGAUGGCCAUGGUAAUCCAGGACCGCCCCUUCCUCUCCAUGUCCCAUGACGAUUGGACGACAGCCAUCAAACCAAAAGUGGACGGCACUUGGAAUCUGCAUUCAGCUCUUCUUGAUGCAAAGACAGAGUUAGACUUCUUUGUCAUGUUUGGUUCCAACUCAGGCGCCUUUGGGAUGCCAGGUCAGGGGAAUUACGCCGCAGGCAACAGUUUCCAGGAUGCAUUUGUUCAGUAUCGACACUCUCUGGGUCUUCCGGCCUCCGUCCUGGACAUCGGUGUUGUUUCUGAAGUCGGAUACGUGAGCCAGAACAAGGAUAUGUUGGACUACUUCCGUACAGCGGGAUUUCCGAUCCUGACCGAGGGCCAGGUUUCUGAGGCUCUUCAUCUGUCAAUUUUACAGCAGUAUCCUCCAUCCGAAGAGAAGGAGGAGGUAGCCGCCCGAGCCACCAAUCCAGGAUUUACCUCCAGGAGCCAACUCACCUUAGGCGUCAGAGCGACCAAGCCAAUGACGGACGCGACAAAUAGAGUGUUGUUUAAGCGGGAUCGAAAAGCAGAUAUCUAUCGGAAUAUCCAGGCUGCAAGUAUGAAUAGCCCAACUACGGGGUCCUCCAGGUUGAGCAGUGGGGAUAAAAUUGCAGGCCUUACGGCGUCCUUACGCGAGGCUGCAGAUCCAGUUUCGGUUCUUAGCACCCCGGAGACUCUGAAGUUGUUACGGCGCGAGAUUGGUGUCUUCAUCUACGAGUCCAUGCUCCAGUCUGUUGAAGAAGAGGAUAUGGAGUUUGAACGAAGCUUGAUGUCGCUAGGUGUCGACAGCCUGGUCACGGUCGAAGUCCGAAGUUGGUUGAAGCGGAAGUUGGAGGUGGAAGUCAGCACUCUCGAAAUGCUGAAUGGCGGGACGAUUGAGAAUCUAGGGGAGUUGGUUUUGGAGAGGAUGAAGAUGAGAUUUACGGAGAAAUCCAAGGGGUAA